AGCGGCAAGUUGGUAAUGCUGAAUACACUGAUUGGCGGUAGUCGAUUAUCUUUCAUUCUAGCAACGAGCCAAUUAUCGUGCUUUGUCGCUCAUUGUUGUAAAAACUUAUGGAUCUGUUGUGCGGGACUGUUAGGAACGUGUCGAAGAAGAGAUAUAGAUAAAUAGUUAGAUAGAAAUAUGGAUAGAUAGACAGAUGGAUAAAUAGACAGACAAAGACAGAUAUAGAAAAAUAGAUAGAUAGAUAGACAGAUAGAGUUAUAAAGUGAGAAAGAAAAGAAAUAAAGAAGUAAGAAAUGAUACUGAGGCUGGUGGACUUGCCUUGGUACGACGUGAUCUACAGGCACAUCUUUAUUCGACUGGAUCUGCGGGACCUCUGUAACCUUCGAUGCCUCUCCUCAACGGAGUACCGAGUCCUGGUCGACAAUUACAUCGCCACAUGGGACACGUUGGACAUCUCUUCGUACACGGAUUUCGAGCCCAACUCCUUCGAAGAACUCGUAAAAGGCUGCAAGAGGUUGCGACGUGUCGACCUUAGUAAUAGCUAUUGGCUCGGAAGUUCUCAUCUCGUCGACCUUCUCGGCGUACAUCCCGGGCUCACGCAUUUGGACUUGACCGGUUGCAACGGGCCGCAGAUGCGCUGCGACUUUAUCGAGAUAACCAAAUGUCGUAAUCUCACGUCCGUAAGGCUAAGAGGCUGCGACUGGGUCACCGCAGAUUUCCUAUUGUCGUUAGUCCGGUACAACCGUAAUCUUCGACGACUUGUAUUAGCCGAUUGUUAUCAAAUAUCCGACGAGGCUGUGGAAUCCAUGUUCGAGUUUCUCACGACAUUGACCGAUCUCAGCCUGGAGAAGACCGCCAUUACGGACAAAAGUCUUCUGGCAAUGAUCGAACACGGUGUCACGGCGAUCGAGUACCUCGACUUGCGUUACUGCCACGGAAUCACCGAUUACGGUCUGAUGCUACUGAGACCGUUACGAUCUAUGAAAAAACUUUGGAUCCUCGGUUGUCGUUCGAUUACCGAACGUGGCCUCGCGAGCUUUCGCGAGCGUACGGAUAUUGAUCUUCCUCAGAGACCGAUCUGCGCGAUUCGACCUCUGUCCUUGCAAGUAUAAUAUUUUUUCCGGCUCGUUUCUCUUCCUUCUCUUCUUUCGCGUGUAUUUUGGCCGUUAAGAUCCUCCUUUUUCCAAUGGACGCUGUGCUGCAUUCUUUCGGCAUCGCGUAACACCGCGCCAACCGUAAUACAUUUAAGUUUAAAGUAAAAAAAAUAUAUAUAUAUAAGUUAAACCGAGUCGGAUACAUCUUUGCAACGAGCAAUCGCACGCUGGAGAAAUAUUGAUAUGACAAAAAAAAAAGUAAAAUAUUGUAAUGGUCGUACAAUUACUCGUUCAACUAAAUAUCGACGUUGCAUCUGUCGAUGCAUUCACAAUAUGAUGGAUAACAUAAAUUUAUCUUCAACUCCAUAUCGAUCGAUUUACUUCGAUCGAAAUUUUCGUUCUAAUUAAGAAACAGAAGAUUGUAGAAGAGAGAAAAAGCGAGGAUCGCCAAGUAGAAAUUCAUAAAGAAAUUGUAAAAAUGAAGAUAAUGAUAAUAAUGAUAAUAAUAAUAAUAAUAUAAUAAUAAUAGUAAUAAUAAUAAUAAUGAUAAUAAUAAUAGGAAUAAGAAUAAGAAUAAUAACACUAAUAUUAACAAUAAUAAUAAUAAGAAUAAUAAGAAUAAUUAAGAAUAAUAAUAAAUAAGUAAUAAUGCUUCA